CAUAAGGUAGCAUGGAGUUUGCAUGUGUCACCAUGUCAAUUGAUUAAUCUCACACAAGUAUGAAUCCAAAGCCCAAAUCCCAAAUACCAACACCCCACCAUAAUUGAGCACCUUCACAUGAACAACCAACCCCACAACUCAUCAAAAUCCUCAACCACAGUUCAUCUCCUCUACCCUCAUUUUCCAUUUUACAACAAUUUUAGCAUUGACGCCUACCUCAAACCCAAGCAUGUGGCGACAAAUUGCACCGAAACAAGUCCCCACACCACUAUUUCUAUUAUCUCUGUUUCCUUAACUCACUCUGUUUUUGCUCCAAAUGACUCUGUUUUCCCCAUUAGGCUUCACUUCCAAGCACUAUCCCACCAAUGCUUCCACCCUAAGAAAGCCAAAAACUUCUCAUACCCAAUUGCAAGAAACCCAUUUUCCUAAUAACCAUUUUGAAGCAAAUGCUAUAAGAAUCACCAUCACCAACCAUAUUCUCUCCACACACAUUCUCUCUCUGUCACUCACCCCUGAAUACAUAGAUGACUGAUGCAAAUGUUGCUUCAUUUGAAGCAUUUCUCCAAGGGUGGAUGGUGCGCCAAAGAGACCACCUUAAUGAGCUUAUCUCAGCUCAGCAACACCUUGAGGAGCAUCAAGAUGCUGAGAUAAGACAAUUGAUCAACAGGGUCCUCUGCCACUAUGGUCAAUACUAUGAAGAAAAAUCAAGGAUUGCCCACCAAAAUAUUCUGCUUGUUUUCUCACCUACAUGGUUCAGUUCAUUGGAAAGAACGUUUUUUUGGGUGGGGGGGUUCAAGCCUGGAAUGGCAUUUGAGGUUGUGAACACAGCUCUGGAGGACUUGUCAGAAGAGCAGAGGCAGAGGUUGAGACAGCUCAACAAUGAGACAAAGGUGAAAGAGAGAGCCCUCAAUGAUGAGUUGGCUAAGCUUCAUGAGAGUUUUGCAGCUCCACCGCUUGUAGACAUGGCUAGAAACUAUGGAAGGGUGUGUUUAAGUAGGUCCUUCAUGGCAGAAGAUGAUGCAGUACUACCAAGCUCUUUUAAGGAGACACUGGAGAGACUGGUGACAAAUGCAGAUGCUUUGAGGAGAAACACAGCAUUGAAAGUUGUGCAGAUUCUGAGACCAGCUCAGAUUGUCACAGUCUUGAUUGCUGUGGCUGAGCUUCAGCUCAGGAUCAGGUCUUGGGGUUUGGAUAAAGAUGCUGAAAGUGGAGGCCAGGGUGAAUAAUAAUCAUGGGAAUCUAAAGGCUUUUUAUGUAAGGUGGUUUUCGUUUGUCUU